ACCCCUUUUGGCUCUCCUCCUUCCCACCGCCACUAUGGGUUUCGCUUUGGAGCUCUUCGCAGAAGUCGUGGACCCCGCUUUCCAGUGCCAGCUGUGUGGCCAGGUGCUGGAGGAACCCGCGUGCACGCCUUGCGGGCACGUCUUCUGCGCCAACUGCCUGCUGCCCUGGGCGGCGCGGAGGCGCCGGUGCCUGCUGCAGUGCCAGCCGCUGGCGCCGGGCGAGCUGUACAGGGUGCUGCCGCUGCGCAGCCUGGUCCAGCAGCUGCGAGUGCAGUGCGACUAUCUCGCUCAGGGCUGAGGCCACCAGUGAGGCUGCGGGAGCUGGAGGCGCACAUCCAGCGCUGCGCCUUUGGCCCUGACAGCGCCAGUGACAGCCGCUGCCCAGGCGGCUGCGGAGGCGGUGAGGAGGGAAGGCACCAGGCGACCACGACUCGCCCAAGUGGGGACACGCGUGAGAGACCACUCGGGCCCGAGGAUCCCCCCUAGGGUCGUCGCCUGCCAGCGGCUGGGGAAGGUGCAGCUGGCACAAUUCGGCUUGGUGCCGCACAGGUACCAGGAAAAGUUAACCCAGUACAUGGCGCGCAGGUACAACUUCGUCGGGGACCAGGAUGGAGAACAGAAGUCAUUCACUGUGGUGUUGGAAAGGGAAGAUGAUGCGUUGGGAUUCAACAUAAUAGGAGGCCGCCAAAAUCAGAAUUACAAGAAGCAACCCGGCACUGAAGGAAUCUAUGUUUCAAAAAUUUUGAGAAAUGGGCCUGCAGACAGAGCAGAUGGCCUGGAGAUUCAUGACAAAAUCAUUGAGGUCAAUGGCAAGGAUCUCUCAAAGGCUACCCAUGAAGAGGCAGUGGAAGCCUUCCGAACCGCCAAGGAGCCCAUAGUGGUGCAGGUGUUAAGAAGGACUCCCCUCAGCCGACCAACAUAUGGCAUGGUCCCGGAAGUACAGCUCAUGAAUGCCAGCACACAGACCGACAUCACAUUUGAACACAUCAUGGCCCUGGCCAAGCUUCGACCACUCACCCCUCCAGUGCCAGACACCUGUCCAUUUCUGCUUUCCGACAGCUGCCAUUCUCUUCAUCCAAUGGAGCCCGGAUUUUACGAGGACAAUGAGUACGCCCCCAGCUUGCCCGCUGAUGCAGACAGAGCUGAAGACUUUGAAUAUGAGGAGGUCGAGCUGUGCCGCGUUAACAGUCAAGAGAAGCUGGGCCUGACAGUCUGCUACCGAACCGACGAUGAAGAAGACACAGGCAUUUAUGUGAGCGAGGUUGACCCAAAUAGCAUUGCUGCCAAGGAUGGCCGGAUUCGAGAAGGGGAUCAUAUUUUACAAAUAAACGGGGAAGACAUCCAGAACCGAGAAGAGGCUGUGGCUCUGCUGUCUAGCGAGGAGUGUAAGAGAAUUGUGCUGCUGGUCGCCAGGCCCGACAUGCAGCUGGAUGAAGGCUGGCUGGAAGAUGAAAGGAUUGGAUUCUUAGAGGAGUUAAACUCAGAGAUGCUGGAGGAAGAGCGUAAUGGCGGAGCGCAGUGCACAGCCAACGAGCUGCAGCAGCCAAAAAAGCAGGAGGAAGAAGAAGGCACGACCGACACGGCCACAUCCUCUUCCAACAACCAGGAGAAGGACAGUGGAGUGGGGCGCACUGACGAGAGCCUGCGGAACGAGGAGAGCUCUGAGCAGGAGAAUACAGUUGAGGAUCCCCACAGCGCAUCCUUGAAGAGCAAGAGAGAGCUGGGCCAGAGCCAAGACACCCUAGGGAGCAUCGAGCUUCCGUGCAAUGAAAGCUUUGCUGGGGGUGAGGGCUUGGACUCCGACUGCGCCGGCAGCCACGAGGUGUGUGAAGGAUUCCAACAGCUGCUGGAGCUUAAGAUUCGCAACCACGGAGACUACGACCUGUACUACUCGAGCAGCACAAUUGAGUGCAACCAAGGGGAGCAGGACGGCGUGGAGCUCGAGCUGCAGCUGCUUAACGAAGAGCUGAGAAACAUUGAGCUGGAGUGCCAGAACAUCAUGCAGGCUCACAGGCUCCAGAAAGUGACGGACCAGUACGGAGACAUCUGGGCUUUGCAUGAUGGAGGAUUCCGAAAUUACAACACCAGCCUAGAUGCACAAAGGGGGAAACUGGACGACAUCAUGGAGCACCCAGAAAAGUCGGACAAGGAUAGCUCAAGUGCGUACAAUACAGCUGAAAGCUGCAGAAGUACUCCGCUGACUAUAGACAGGUCCCCUGACAGUUCCCUUCCGAGGAUGAUCAACCUCGCCAAUAAGAAAAAUCUGAAGAGCACAGUGGCUGCCCAUCAGUCCCCUUCCAGACAAAGCACCAAGGAAUACACCUCUACCAAAGUCAAAACCACUGAUGAAGAGUGCAGCGUUGAAAGCCUGGAGAAAAGUCUAGAAAACAACCAGCUUCCAGAUCAGGAGACCACAGUCAGUGAGCACUUGCCCUAUCUCUCUCCUUACCACAGCUCCUCCUACAGAUACGCCGCCAACAUCCCAGCGCAUGCCCGGCAUUAUCAAAGCUACAUGCAAUUAAUUCAGCAGAAAUCUGCCGUGGAGUACGCCCAGAGUCAGCUCAGCUUGGUGAGCAUGUGCAAGGAAUCACAAAAGGGUUCAGAGCCCAAGAUGGAAUGGAAGGUAAAAAUUCGGAGUGAUGGGACCCGGUACAUAACCAAGAGGCCAGUGAGAGACCGAAUUCUGAAGGAACGUGCCUUAAAGAUCAAGGAGGAGCGGAGCGGAAUGACCACAGAUGACGACACCAUGAGUGAGAUGAAGAUGGGGCGCUACUGGAGCAAGGAGGAGAGAAAGCAACAUCUGGUCCGGGCCAAGGAGCAACGGCGGCGCAGGGAGUUCAUGAUGCGGAGCCGGCUGGAGUGUCUCAAGGAGAGCCCACAGAGCAGCGGUGAAGGCAAGAAGGAGCUGAGCAUCAUUGAACUGAGCCACAAAAAGAUGAUGAAAAAAAGAAAUAAGAAAAUUUUGGAUAAUUGGAUGACAAUCCAAGAACUGAUGACUCACGGGGCCAAAUCUCCAGAUGGCACUCGGGUCCACAAUGCCUUUCUGUCGGUGACCACUGUAUGACCAGGCGAAGGGGACAAAUGGCUUAAUGAGUGUGCUACCAGUUUCGGUAGAGUAUGAUUGCCUCGUUCAAUGUGGCAUUUUUAUAUGUAUUUUGUGACUUUACAACUUAAAUUUUUUGUAAGAAAAAUACCUGGUACUUUUUAAUUUGUUUUUCAUAUGCUGGUACCUUCUUUGGCUAUUAUCUUUCCGUAACUUGUGAUAUAUUCAUAGCACUCAUUUAUAGAAAAAAAAAAAUAAAACAAUGAAAAAACAAAAGGAAAGGAAAAAAACAAACAAAACUACUAAGGACCUAAUUAAUUUCCUAUUUUAAUGUAUCUAUUGUAAGUUAAAAUCUGGAUUUAUUUCUCUAAUUUUCUUAUUUUCUAUUUUAAUAAUUCAAUGCCAAAACAUGUCUAUGCUUACUUCCUGGCAUAGUGUAUACUAAAUCAAAUCAGUUAAUAAACUACAUGCCACAUCUUGUCUUGUACAUGAAGUUGCACCCUUCAUGACAUCCUGUUGUACAUUUAACACAUAAAUGGCAGUUGUCUUUGUCUCAGUAAAGUGUGGGUGGACAAUCUUCCUGUGAUACGUAGUGACACUGGUCAUGUAGCUAGGUAAUUGUGGUAAUUUGUGACAAUGAGAAAUAAAUUAUUGAUUAUCCUUAAGAAAAGUUAUCCAGGACUGUUAUUUUCUUUGUCCACUGUGGCUUACAUGUUUACUUCUACAUAUGCUUUAGAAGACUCUCCAUUGUGAAUUAUAAAUU